GCUGCGGUGAAGUGGCUCGGGGCCAUGCGUGGGUCGGCGCGCCUUUCGAACGUCGGCGAGCGCCUGGAGCCGGUGGCGCGCACGAGGGGGAGUUGUCCGGCCGCCUUGAACUUGGCGCAACAUUUGCGGAGCCCAGUUGGGUCGCGGGCAACGUAAUUAGCCGUCGACGAAGUGGAUAAGACUCCCAAUCGAUGUGCGUGUGCACGGGGGCGCCCCGGCGCGCGCGCGUUGCGCGCACCGGUGGCGGGUUACGGCGGCCGUGCCUAGAUGGCGCUGAGAACCCUGACGGUGCGUCCGCGCAGCAGCGCGCCGGUUCUGGCGGCCCAGUCGGCCGGCAGAGGCACCGAUGCAGGCGGCCCGGAGGCGGCGGCGAAGAGCAGCAGCAUGACGGUGGCGGCGCCGAACGCGAGCCUGGCCAACCUGACCGAGGAGGCCCAGGCUGAUGACGAGUCCUGGGAGAGUGUCCUCAAGCUGGUGCUCAAGACGCUGGCCCUGGUCACCAUCAUCUCGUCGGCCGUGUUCGGCAAUCUCCUGGUCGUCACGUCGGUGAUCCGGCACCACAAGCUGCGCAUCACAACCAACUACUUCAUCGUGUCACUGGCGCUGGCCGACACUCUGGUGGCGCUCUUCGCGAUGACCUUCAACGCGUCGGUGACCAUUUCGGGCCGCUGGCUCUUCAACCAGACUGUGUGCGAUUUUUGGAACUCGUGCGACGUGCUGUUCAGCACGGCGUCCAUCAUGCACCUGUGCUGCAUCAGCGUGGACCGCUACUACGCCAUUAUUAAACCGCUCGAGUACCCAACCAAGAUAACGGGCCGGACAGUGGCCAUCAUGCUGACUUGCGCCUGGGUCAGCUCGGGCCUCAUCUCCUUCAUACCCAUCUUCCUGGGCUGGUACACGACGAACGAGCAUCUGGUGUACAAGGUGGAGCACCCGGACGAGUGCAUCUUCGUGGUGAACAAGCCGUACGCCAUCAUUUCGAGCAGCGUGUCCUUCUGGAUCCCCUGUUGCAUCAUGCUGUUCACCUACUGGCGUAUCUACGUCGAGGCCACACGCCAGGAGAAGAUGCUCUGCAAGUCGCAGAUGGGACCCGGCAUGCUGUGUCGAAAUUCGACCGAUCAGAGCAUGCCCAACGUGCACGCGCCGCCCCACCGCAACUCGCACGGCGACGACCCGGAGAGCGGACAGUCGACGCCCACCAAGCGGACCAUUAACAAAAUGAAGCGCGAGCACAAGGCCGCCAAGACGCUGGGCAUUAUUAUGGGCGCCUUCAUCCUGUGCUGGCUGCCCUUCUUCCUGUGGUACGUGUCCAUCACCAUGUGCGGCGAUGCCUGCCCCUGCCCGGAGCUGGUGGUGGACCUGCUCUUCUGGAUCGGAUACCUCAACUCCUCGCUCAACCCGGUCAUCUACGCCUACUUCAACCGAGAGUUCCGCCAGGCCUUCAAGGAGACGCUGCAGGCCAUCUUCUGCUCAUCUUGCUGCGGUCGCACGCGCGCGGUAGCAUAUACCGCGGGCUGCGGCGCAGCAGGCUGGUAGGUUUCAGCUCCAAGACCGCGACGGCUGAUCUGCAGCGGCGUCUCGCAGCGCGGUGUUCCUCUUGCGCCACGGGCAGCAGGCAGACGGGCGGGCGACCCCCUGGCCGGACCUAGCAGCGUGUACGCCGGCGUGCGAAGCGGCGGGGCAUCCGUGGGGCCUCCCACGAGAGAGCGCUACGGGGAGGACCGCCGGCCACGACUCCGAAUGUGUGUACAUAUACGACUCUUGGCAGUGACCCCUUGGGCUUAAUUGCAGACGCUCCCCCAUCAUUCCAUUGUCACCCUUUUGACCCGACGGACGGACGGACCGCCGACGUGCGUGAGUGCGUGUGUGUGUGUUUGUGCGUGUCCGUGCGAUGGACGGCAGCCGGGGAGGAAGGCAAGCGUGGGCGCGGUCGGCCGCCGCCGUGCUGGGGAACGGGAUAUGGGCGGAACCGCCGACCCCGAAGAUACUCAGCCACUUCCAGACGAGCUCCAAAGGUAACCACGGUGGAAUGUCAUUAAACGUGCUUAUCUUUGCUGUGGCCCACGCUUACGGAC